UCACAGCUCUGUUUGUUUACAGCUCGACCACUUCCUGUCUGUGUUGGUCCGCUUAAACCUGUAAGCAAAACGCUUGACUUGAUCUUAAAGUAACUUUUAAAGAUGGGAUGCGAUGGUGGAACGAUUCCCAAAAGACACGAGUUGGUGAAAGGUCCCAAAAAGGUUGAAAAGGUGGAUAAAAAUGCGGAGCUGCUUGCUAAGUGGAAAUUCUGUGCCUUGAGUCAGGAGAGACUCAGACGCCCGAUUGUGUCUUGCGAGCUUGGCAGACUUUAUAACAAGGAUGCAGUUAUCGAAUAUCUUCUGGAUAAAUCUGCUGAGAGACCCAAUGCUGAAGCUGUGACACAUAUCCGGGGGAUUAAGGACAUAAAGGAGCUUAACCUGACCGAUAAUCCUGAAUGGGAGGGAGAGAGAAGGAAUGCAAAAGGAGACAGAUAUGAGGACAUCCAUCGUGGCAUGUUUAUUUGUCCAGUUGUUGGUUUGGAAAUGAAUGGAAAGCACAGGUUCUGUUACCUGCAGACGUGUGGCUGUGUGUUUUCAGAAAGAGCCCUGAAGGAGGUCAAGACCGAAAUCUGCCACAAGUGUGGAGAUCCUUUUGAAGACGACAACAUCGUUGUGCUCAAUGGGACAAAGGAAGAGGUGGACAAGCUGAGGGAGAAGAUGGAAGAGAGGAGAGCCAAAGCCAAAACCAAGAAAUCAAAGAAGACCAAAGAAGCGGCAAGUGUAUCCACACCUGCAGAAUCCAAAGGAGCUGCAAAACCUCCAGCCGCCGAGACAACUGGGAGGAGCUCCACGCUUAAUGGUGACGGGAGCAGCCAGACAGUUGUGGCCGGACCUUCUGGAUCCUCCAGCUCCUCUAAAAGCUCCAAAACCUCAACAACUUCUGCCACCAAAAGAUCCAUCCAAGACCUGGAGGAGAAGUCUGAAGCUUUUAAAUCUCUGUUCACCACCCACAGCUCUGCCAAGCGCACCAAAGACCAAAUUUCCAACUGGGUCACCCACACUCCGUAUCACUUCUAACAGCAGAAAUCCACCUGUUUGAGUUGUUACAGAAACUCUUAGUUAAUUAAAGGGUCUUUAACUUGUUUUUCAUGCUUUAACUCAGCUGACCUUUAAUAUUAUCCCCGUUGGCUGGUUUCCAGAUUUCCUCUUCUGUCCCCAGUGUUUUGUGUUGCAGACCGUUUUUAAACAGCUACCUAAGAGGAUGAGCCUGUUUGUUUGCCUUUUUUCCUCCCAUGGGUAUUCAUGCUCACUUAUGUCUCCCCAACCACAGGUUGCUUAGAAAUUGAUGCUAGGAUGAUGAGAAGGUUAGAGAGUGUUGGGAGAAAGAGCCAGAAAAGAUGAUUUUACUCUUUAGUAAACAAGAACAAAGGUUGGUUUGAACUGACGUUUAUGUAUGAAGUUGUAAAUGAUACAUUUUCAUCAACAAUUUAAUUUUUUUUGCCUUUUUAACAUGUUGCAAUAGGAAACGUUUUAUAAUUUAUCACCAAAUUUCUGAUUUAAAAAUCUGUUAGAGAGCAGAUUAAAACAUCUAGACUUCUGAUGUGUUCUGGCAGUUAAAAUGUUUGUUUCCUCUAAAUAAAAUGAGUUUGUGUUGA